AUACAGAAAAGGAAACAAGAGUUGAGUGAGGAGGGAGGCGUGAGGAGGUCAUCAAAAUCCUACCUUUCCAUUCAAUUCAUCAAUCUAAACAAUCAAUGAGAUGAGAUGAGCACAAUAAUUGGGCAAAACCCACUGACCCGGGGAGCCCUAAGCCACAUAAAUUCGCCAAAUUCCUUAUCAAGACUCCCAUUUUUCGUCUCCCUCUCCGCUUACCCACCAAGAGCUGCUGCUGCUGCUACGAUGUCGUACGACAACCAGUUAGCCGCCGCCAAGAAAGCUGCUUCCCUAGCCGCUCGCCUGUGCCAGAAGGUGCAAAAGGCCCUGUUGCAAUCUGAUGUCCAUUCGAAAUCUGAUAAAAGCCCUGUCACAGUGGCUGAUUAUGGUUCACAGGCUAUAGUUAGCUUAAUUUUGGAGAAAGAGCUUCCAUCAACACCAUUCUCACUAGUAGCGGAAGAGGAUUCUGGAGACCUUCGCAAAGAAGAAUCCAAGGAAACCCUGCAUCGCAUAACAGAGCUUGUGAAUGAGACACUUUCUAGCAGCGCAACUAAUAUAUCGCCUGUGUCGGAAGAAGAUGUGCUUAUUGCAAUUGACAAAGGCACAUCCGAGGGGGGCCCUUGUGGUCAACAUUGGGUUUUGGAUCCAAUUGAUGGCACUAAAGGAUUUUUAAGAGGAGAUCAAUAUGCAAUUGCAUUAGGACUGUUGGAUGAAGGGAAAGUUGUGUUGGGAGUGUUGGCCUGUCCAAACCUUCCCUUGGCAUCUAUCGCCCGCCGCGAUCAAAACAGGUCCGAAAGUAAAGUGGGCUGUCUUUUCUUUGCCCAACUUGGUGGUGGAACAUAUAUGCAGAGUCUAGAGGACUCCCUGCCGACAAAGGUACAUGUCACUGCUAUUGAAAACCCGGAAGAAGCAUCCUUCUUUGAAUCCUUCGAAGCUGCCCAUUCCAUGCACGACUUAUCAAGCUUGAUUGCAAAGAAACUCGGUGUUAAAGCACCACCCGUUAGGAUUGACAGCCAAGCAAAGUAUGGUGCUUUGUCCCGAGGUGAUGGGGCCAUAUAUCUGCGCUUCCCUCACAAGGGCUACCGCGAAAAGAUAUGGGACCAUGCUGCUGGAUGCAUCGUUGUUUCAGAAGCUGGAGGUGUAGUAACAGAUGCUGCCGGGAGUCCUCUGGACUUCUCGAAAGGACGAUUUCUUGAUUUGGACACAGGAAUCAUUGUUACGAAUCAGAAAUUAAUGCCCGGUCUCUUGAAAGCUGUCCAGGAGUCGAUCAAGGAGAAAGCUUCGUCUUUGUAACAGCCUGUAAUUUUCGACUCCCUGUGGAAUCUUGAUUUGGAAACAACACUUGUGGCUUUGUGUAGCCUUCUCAGUGCUUUCCUGAACUCAAAGACAUAUGCUUUGACAUAUAUUCAAUGCAUUAUGUUCUGAAACAUGAAUUGCUACUAUCCAAUAAAUGUUUGCACUGAUUUUGGCCAUGGAAAUAAAGCUGUUGGAUGUUUGAGCA